GCUACCUCAGCCAUACGCAGGAAGCCUGCCUGAGGAAAGUCAGCACACAACUCUGGAGAGCUCCAGGCUGUCAUCUCCAUCACUCCGGCUUUCACAUUGAUUGUUCCAAGUCCCUGCGCCGCCCCCCCUCUCCAUCCCGUGUCCCUGGGAAGCUAUCAAUUACUCAUCCACCUAAAUCCAUACAUAAAUACAACACGGUCGUCCCGAUGUGAUCGGCGGAUGUGAUCCUGCCAGUCUCCUGCUAGUCAGCUCCGAGGAAGGGGGACAGAGUUAAAGGAGAGAGAAGUGCAGGGGAUGAGAGCACAAGGUCGUGUACAUGGACUAGGGACACCAGAGUGAGGAGAAGGGGCAGGGGGGCAGCGCAGGAGCACACCGCCACAAAGUUUCCUUGGAAGACACAACAGACACCACAAAGGAAACCAGGGGUCACACAAACACGGCGUGUGCCCCGGACCCGGCGAGGAUGUGACCUUCCUGCCUGUGUGUGUGUGCACCCGGGAGGAGAGACAGCAGCUAAUUGCCGGAGCCCAUCCCUCAUCACUCCACCCCCCCUGAAGAUAAUCGCUGUGUAUUAUUCACCAUUAUACAGGCACAUGCGCAGUGUGCUCCGCACCGGCACCGGCUCAUUCCCCUUAUUUUCCAACUCGGCUAUUUGUGAACUAUUUUUUUUUUUAUUUGCCACUGAUGUAUCUGCAAAAUAGCAGCGACGAGUCCCAGCUCCCAGCAGCAGUAGCAGCAUGUCUCGUCGUAAGCAAGCCAAGCCCCAGCACCUGAAAUCGGACGAGGACAUCGGCACCACUGAGGUGCUCAUUGACAGCAACGCAGUACCUGGUGAAGGACCAGAUGAUGGGGACAGCGGGAAUGAAAGCCGAAGUGGAAGUGAGGAGACCAAUGUUUGUGAAAAAUGCUGUGCUGAAUUCUUCAAAUGGACUGACUUCUUAGAGCACAAAACAACCUGCACUAAAAACCCUCUUGUGCUGAUUGUAAAUGAUGAUGUAGCAGCAUCAGCCUCAGAAGAGUUUCCCGAGCCAUCUCCUGCAAGCUCUUCAAGUGAUCACGCAGAGAGUGAGACUGCAGAGGAAACUGUCCAGGUAGAAAAUAAUGAAACUUGUGAUAUAAAAGAAGCAGAAAAGGAAGAGGAACCCAUGGAGGUUGAAACCACUGAAGAAAAAAAUUUCCCAAAUCAAGAAGCCUCAAACACUUCUACUCCUCUACCUCAGAUACCUGAUCCAUCUUCCAUGACUAAUUAUAACAUGCCAAACACUAAUGUUACGUUAGAGACUUUACAAAGUACAAAAGUGGCAGUUGCACAGUUUUCACAGAAUGCACGUUGCAUAGGUGGUACAGGUGCUGCCACUGCAGCGACAGCUAUGGCAAUUCCAAUGAUUCUAGAACAAUUGAUGGCACUGCAACAGCAGCAGAUCCACCAGCUGCAACUUAUUGAACAAAUACGCAGUCAGGUUGCACUGAUGAAUCGACAGUCACUACGUCCUCCAUUGACCUCCUCAGUUCCGGCACAAAAUCCUCCAAUUCCAACACCCAGUCAGCUGCAGAGCUUUACUGCACAUUCAAGCCUUCAGUUAACACCUGUAGUCCCACCCAUCCUCACAGGAUCAGUAUCUAACAAUCAACCACCAUCAUUUGAAAAUCCACAACACACAUCACAACCUGCCUCUGGAGCAAGUACCCCAAAUAUCCCAUGUUCAGUUUCCUGUACACCAACAGACACAAGCACAUCAUUAUCAACUAAUGUUAAAUCAACAUCAGUAACCCCUAGUCCUGUGCCCAAUACAACGACCAGUACUUCUUAUCCUCAGAGCUCAUCUACUCCUCCAUCCAUUGGACAUGGACAUGGAAAUAUCCUCACUUCACCUUCCAGUUUGCCAAGCCCACUUCUACCUCAAAGUUCUUCAAACAGCGUGAUCUUUCCCAAUCCACUUGCAAGCAUAGCUGCAACUGCUAAUGCAUUAGACCCCCUUUCUGCACUUAUGAAACAUCGUAAAGGAAAGCCACCUAAUGUAUCAGUAUUUGAGACUAAAUCUACUUCUGAGGACCCAUUUUUUAAACAUAAAUGCAGAUUUUGUGCCAAGGUCUUUGGGAGCGAUAGUGCUUUACAGAUCCACUUGCGUUCUCAUACAGGGGAAAGGCCUUUUAAAUGUAAUAUAUGUGGAAAUCGGUUUUCCACAAAGGGAAAUUUAAAAGUUCAUUUUCAGAGACAUAAAGAAAAGUAUCCCCAUAUUCAGAUGAAUCCAUAUCCUGUUCCAGAAUAUCUUGACAAUGUCCCAACUAGUUCUGGAAUACCAUAUGGAAUGUCUCUUCCUCCUGAAAAGCCAGUAACAACAUGGUUAGAUAGCAAGCCAGUAUUACCAACAAUUUCAACAUCUAUUGGGUUGCAACUCCCCCCUACAAUACCAGGUGUUAACAGCUAUGGUGAUUCACCAAGCAUUACCCCAAUGAACAGAUCACCUCAACGGCCAUCUCCUGCAUCAAGUGAAUGCAACUCUUUUUCUCCAAGCAUAAAUCAUACAGAAAAUUGCAUGGUAACAUCUGCAGAAUCUCCACAAUCUGCUCCACCAGCCACAACUACUGUCCUAAAAACUGAACCUAUUGCCCUUCCUCCUACAACUCCAAGAACAGCUGAACAGACUGCAACUGGACAGAUAUCCUCUCCAGUGACAACAUCUAUUCCCACGCUAACAGACUCCAGUAUAUCAACAAGCCUCCCAAAUCCAGUGCUUCCAUCUAUGCCUGAGCAGUUCAAAGCAAAAUUUCCAUUUGGUGGUCUUCUAGAGUCUAUGCAAACAUCAGAAACAUCAAAACUGCAACAACUAGUUGAGAAUAUUGAUAAAAAAAUGACAGAUCCAAAUCAAUGUGUCAUUUGUCACCGAGUGCUUAGUUGCCAGAGUGCUCUUAAGAUGCAUUACAGAACCCAUACAGGAGAGAGACCAUUUAAAUGCAAAAUUUGUGGACGUGCUUUUACUACUAAAGGAAAUUUGAAAACUCAUUUUGGUGUUCAUCGGUCAAAACCUCCAUUAAGAGUUCAACAUUCAUGUCCAAUUUGUCAGAAAAAGUUUACGAAUGCUGUUGUUCUGCAGCAACAUAUCCGUAUGCAUAUGGGUGGACAGAUUCCAAAUACCCCCUUACCUGAGGGCUUCCAAGAUGCAAUGGACUCUGACCUUUCCUAUGAUGAAAAGAAUCUUGAAACACUGAGCAAUUAUGAUGAGGACUUUGAUGAUUCUAUGGAUGAUGAUUUUGACAUGAAAGAUACUGCAAAUGACUCUUCCAAGCCACUGAUACCAUACUCUGACUCAUCACCUUCCUCGCCUCCCACUGUAAUUUCAAGUAUUGCUGCUUUAGAAAAUCAGAUGAAAAUGAUUGACUCUGUUAUGAGUGCACAGCAAUUUAUUGGUUUAAAAACCUUAGAAAAUGGAUCAGGUGAAAGUGAUCGCUUAAGCAACGAUUCUUCAUCUGCCGCAGGUGAUCUUGAGAGCCAAAGUGCAGGCAGCCCUGCAAUGUCUGAGACCUCUUCAUCAAUGCAGGUUUUGUCACCUGCACAUAGUCAUAGUGAAAGCAUCAGAUCAAAAUCUCCCCAUGUAAUCAAUCAAGAAGAGCCAUCAGAACUACAGCUUAAGACAGAAAAGCCUGAAAGUCCCAUGCCCACCCCAGAAACUGAAGGUGCACUGGAUCUGACAUCCACCAACCCUGUGAGACCAAUCAUCAAAGAAGAGGCCCCUUUUAGCCUGCUGUUCCUGAGCAGAGAACGUGGUCCCAGCCAAACUACUACUAGCCUGGUCACCAGCACAGCGCCUGCCAUGAUCAAAAUGGAAGUGAAUGGUCACACCAAGCCGAUCUCAUUGGGUGAAGGUCCUCACCUUCCAGCUGGAAUCCAGGUUCCUGCUGCACCACAGACAGCGAUGAGCCCAGGCAUCACUCCUAUGCUGGCACCCCCUCCACGACGAACUCCCAAGCAACACAACUGUCACUCGUGUGGAAAGACCUUCUCUUCAGCAAGUGCACUACAGAUACAUGAACGUACUCAUACUGGUGAAAAGCCAUUUGGUUGCACAAUCUGUGGUAGAGCAUUUACCACAAAAGGGAAUCUUAAGGUCCAUAUGGGGACUCACAUGUGGAAUAAUGCUCCUGCAAGACGUGGUCGUAGACUUUCUGUGGAAAAUCCCAUGGCUUUGCUAGGAGGAGAUGCACUGAAGUUUUCUGAAAUGUUUCAGAAAGAUUUGGCAGCUCGAGCGAUGAAUGUCGACCCAAGCUUUUGGAAUCAGUAUGCUGCUGCUAUCACGAAUGGGCUGGCUAUGAAAAACAAUGAAAUUUCUGUUAUACAGAAUGGAGGCAUACCCCAGCUCCCAGUCAGUUUAGGUGGAAGUGCAAUUCCACCUUUAAGCAACAUGUCCAGUGGGAUGGACCGAACGCGUACUGGUAGCAGCCCCUCUAUCAUUAGCUUGGACAAAAUGGGCUCGGAUUCUAUUGUAAGUCGACCAUUCACACGGUUUAUUGAGGAAAACAAGGAAAUUGGCAUAAACUGAGUGCAAUUAAGAACACAAAACUAUCCAAGACUCCUCUCCUCAUGUGUUGUACUAUUUGUUGUACAGUUUUUUUUCUGAACUUAUCACAGUGACCUAAACCCAUAUUCCUACUGUCCCUUUCCCAUAGCAGAAAUGCAGAGAGACUUGUGGAUGCUUAAGAGAUGUGUUUUCAAGAUUGUGCAUGGUACUUCUAGCAGUUAAACUGACUGGAAUGGACUUUUUCCUCUUUAAACAUUAUUCAAAGUUCAUUGAAUAGCAAGUGGACCCGGGGACCCAAAAGCUGUUUGUGUUUCAUAUGAGAUGAUUCAACUUAAAAAAAAAAAAAACAAUGACUUCUUUGUCCAAAUUAAUUGCUGGCUUUGUUCACAUUAGAUAUAAACUUGAAGUCUAUUUGUAAGGAUUCUAAUACAGUACUAAAUAAUCUGAGUUUAGUAUUCCCAAAUGCUGUCUAUUAUUGCAGUAUCCUUGCCUGUAAUAUUUAUAAUAACUUUAUGCGGGUACUAAAGAUGAAAAAAAACGAGGCCCAUUCUUUAGUGAUAUUUUGUACAGCAAGAUACAUCAGAAUUUGUGACUUUUUUUGGGCUAUAAUUCAGUGAUGUUUAUUCCAAUGCAGGCAAAAUUGUGACAUUUUAUUUGGACGAUAGCAUGCUAUACAUGUGUGAGUAUCUGUCUGUAACAAAUUCUUUUAUUUAAGUAUUUGUAGCUGCUAUGUGGACAGUCAUUCAAUAUAAAAGAGAAAAUGUAUGGAGAAAUGGUUUGAUGGUUGGAAAGCCACUCACAGUCAAAACUUUUUCACUCUAAAGUAUUCACAUCAUAGG